AUGGCCCUGAACCUCGAUUAUAAAAGGCCCGCUCCGAUGAACAAGUUUCGUCUUGCCUUGCUACAACUUUCGCUGACGCCAAACAUUUCAAAAAACCUCGAAAGGGCCAGUGAGAAAAUCAGAGAGGCGGUGUCUGCGGGAGCGAAGAUUGUCUGCCUUCCAGAAUACUUCAACUUUCCGUACGAUCCGAAGUACAUCGCUAAGUACGCCGAGCCGAUUCCCGGAAGGACCAGUGAGAUGCUGUCACGCUGGGCCAGUGACAACCAGGUCUAUCUUAUCGGCGGAACAUUGUCGGAGAGGGAGGAUGACAAACUCUACAGCACCUGCUUGGUCUGCGGACCGGACGGUUCGCAGCUAGCCAAGCACCGCAAGGUACACCUCUACUCGACCAACGUCCCCAGCAAAGUCGUCUUCAACGAGGAGGGCUUCUUAACACCAGGCGACAAAGUGACCACCUUCGACACACCGUUCUGCAAAGUGGGCAUCGCCGUAUGCUACGACAUCGCGUUUCCGACCUUUGCCGAGCUGUACGAGCGGCUCGGCUGCAAGUUGCUGGUGUAUCCGGGAGCGUUCAACAUGUACAACGGUCCGCUGUACUGGGAGCUUUUGUCGAGGGCUAGGGCGGCCGACAACCAGGUCUACGUGGCGUCCGUGUCGCCCUCGAGAGACAAAGCGGCCUACUACGUCCACUGGGGACACAGCAUGUUGGUCGAUCCCACUGGGAAGGUGGUCCGGUCGGCUGGGGCUGAUGAAGAGAUCGUGCUUGCUGAUGUCGAUAUAGAUUAUUUGGAUUCGGUGAGGGACCAGAUGUCCCGCACCAAACAUAGAAGGAACGACCUGUACGAAGUAGUCGUCCCCAGGAACGCGGAAACUAACCUCUAG